AUGAUAACUGUGAAAGCAUUUGUUUGGUCUUCUUGCAUUUUCCUCUGCAGGCUGAGUGGAUGUAACCUGUCAGAGGGAAGCUGUAAAGCUCUGUCCUCAGUCCUCAGCUCACAGUCCUCCAGUCUGAGAGAGCUGGACCUGAGUAACAACGACCUGCAGGAUUCAGGAGUGACACAGCUGACUGUUGGAUUGAGAAGUCUAAACUGCAAACUGGAGACUUUAAGACUGUCAGGGUGUCUGAUCACAGAGAAAGGCUGUGCUUCUCUGGCCUCUACUCUGAGCUCUAACCCCUCCCACCUUAAAGAGCUGGACCUGAGUAACAACAACCUGAAGGAUUCUGGAGUGAAGAUUCUAUCUGCUGGAUUCAAAAGUCAACACUGGAAACUGGAAACUCUUAGACUGUCAGGGUGUCUGAUCACAGAGAAAGGCUGUGCUUCUCUGGGCUCAGCUUUGAGCUCCAACCCCUCCCACCUUAGAGAGCUGGACCUGAGGAACAACAACCUGAAGGAUUCAGGAGUGAAGAUUCUAUCUGCUGGAUUCAAAAGUCAACACUGUAAACUGGAAACUCUUAGACUGUCAGGGUGUCUGAUCACCGAGGAAGGCUGUGCUUCUCUGGGCUCAGCUUUAAGCUCCAACCCCUCCCACCUUAGAGAGCUGGACCUGAGCUACAACCAUCCAGGAGACUCAGGCGUCGAGCUGCUCUCUGCUGGACAGAAGGAUCCGGACAGCAGACUGGAUACACUGAGGGUGGACCAUGGUGGAGAGCAGAGGUUAAAACCUGGACUGAAGAAGUAUGUCUGUGAACUCACUCUGGACUCAAACACAGCAAACAGAUACCUCAGACUGUCUGAAGACAACAGGGAGGUGACACGUGUGAGAGAGGAUCAGUCAUAUCCUGAUCAUCCAGACAGAUUUGACCGCUGGUCUCAGCUGCUGUGUAGAGAUGGUCUGACUGGUCGCUGUUACUGGAGUCGUGUGUAGAGGAUGGUUAAUAUAUCAGUGAGUUACAGAGGAAUCAGAAGGAAAGGAGAAAGUAAAGACUGUCUGUUUGGAUCUAAUGUCAUUCCUGGAGUCUGUGCUGCUCUGAUAAGGUUACUCUGUCCGUCACAAUAAGAGAAGAACAGCCCUCCCUCUCUCCUCGUUCUCUGUCUCUCACAGAGUAGCAGUGUAUGUUGGACUGUCCUGCUGGCACUCUGUCCUGCUGACAGAGUCUCCUCUGACUCUCUGAUCCACCUCCACACCUUCAGGACCACCUUCACUGAACCUCUGUAUCCUGGGUUUGGGUUGUCGAAUCCUGGUUCCUCAGUGUGUCUGUGUUCUGUGUAGGACGGAGAGUCUCCUCCUCUCUACACAAACACAAACUGAGUAGUUGACUGUUCUGUCACA